AUGGGCUCGUCGGCGGCCGCGGCAGCGGCGGCGGCAGCGGCCGCUGACUCGGCGCAGUGGCUCUCGGUGAAGGAGGAGACCAUCUUCCUGCACGACGGGCUGAUCCGGGUCACCGACCUGGCCGAGCUGCCCAGCGAGAUCCUCGGGGCCCCAGAGGCCGCCGACACCGACCUGGAGAUUUUAACCUUUGAGACCAAGAACCCAUCGGAAUUAGCAGAACGUUUGCGCUCUGUUUGUGGGAAUCAGAGCAAUGCCUAUGCCCGGCUGCUGGAAUACCGCCUGAAUGCCUUGCGAGGAUUGUGGAAUGCCCAGCGCCAGCUGGCCUUAGAAGAACAGCAUGAAAGAGAAAGUUCAGGUGAUGAGGAAACUUUGGCUCUGCUCAAACGCCAGGGCUUGUUGCAGCAACCUGAGCAAGCGCCCUUCACAUCAAGGAUGGGGCUCCUGCUGGUCUUCCCCCUUAUUCAGUCCCAGAGUAGAACAGACCCCUCUCUCUGUAACAUAACUGCUGAGGUGCUAUUGAACUGCCUUCGUGACUGCCAGCCUUUGAGUUUGACCAAGGAGCCUGCUGACUGUCUCAAUGGAAUUGAAACUUUGCUGUGCUCUUGGCUAGAGGAGACUUCUGACACAGGCCGACACAUCCCACAUAAGCAAAAAGAAAAUGCUGCUGCUGCCCUGGUUGCUUUGGCUUGUGCCAGGGGAUCAUUGAAAACUUUCGUCCAUACAGUCCAUCUAUUACAGAAACAGACAGAUCUAGGGUCCCUGCCUGUAGCUGACGUGCUAUAUAGGCUGUUGCUUUUGGAAGGGGGGCCUGGAUCUCCCUCCUGUUUGCUUGGGGGCAAACACAUAGUAUCAUGGGGUUAUGAAGACAUGUUGCCUGCGCCGGAUAGCAACACUGGCUCCAGUUCUGAAAAUAAAGAUGCUGACUUGGGACGCUGUCUCACGGCAGACGGUCUUUACCUGUAUACUACUAACUCAGUUGGAAGAGGAGUAAGCAAAUUGGGGUCUGGAUUACAUGGUACUCUCAGAGGUUUUGUGUACUGCCGGAACGAGGAGUUGGAACCAGGAUGGGUGGCUUUUGGCAGCGGCAGUCUUCUCCACCGGCCUGUCUCUUUCGAUAAUAAACCUCACUCCCUUUUCCAGGUCAUUGACCAGAACACUCUUCAGGUGUGCCAGGUGGUGCCAAUGCCAGCCAAUCACCUCCCCAUUGGCAGCACCAUGAGCACUGUGCACCUGUCUUCAGAUGGCACUUACUUUUAUUGGAUCUGGUCUCCUGCCAGCCUGAAUGAGAAAACACCGAAGGGACAUUCUGUCUUCAUGGACAUUUUUGAACUUGUGGUUGAAAAUGGUGUAUUUGUAGCCAACCCGCUUCAGGAACGUACAAUUCUAAUGAGAAAAGAGGGCGAAUCUGCAAAAAGCAUUAAUGAGAUGCUUCUAAGUAGACUUUCUCGGUAUAGAGCCUCCCCGUCAGCAACGCUUGCUGCCCUGACUGGUUCCACCAUCUCCAACACACUGAAAGAGGAUCAAGCAGCAAAUACUAGCUGUGGGCUGCCUCUAAAAAUGCUGCGGAAGACACCCAUAUAUACCUGUGGCACCUACUUGGUGAUGCUGGUGCCUCCUCCAGGGGGAUCAGGCAGCUCUGCCACCCGAUCUCUUUUUGGUGGAACAAGUGGUUUGUCAUCUUUAAAAAUCCUAGCCUCCAGCUUGGUUUAUAAUAUUUCGGAUGGUCAGUUUACAAGUCGUGCAGAUCUCAUAGAUGCUGCUGGAAGCUCACUGGGGCGUGGUGCUCUCGUACCAGGAUUGGGAGCGUGUUAUGACACAGUGAACAACAUGCUAUGGACAUGCUCAAAUGACUAUAUCGAUCAGUGGUGUAACCCUGGGAAUCAAGCUUUCCAUUAUGUCUGCCAGAGACUUGGAGUCAGUCACAUUAUCACUGAGCCAAAAGAAGAGGCUAUAACCACGAAUGAGGUUAUAAACCAAUUAUUGCACCACGUUGGUGCGAUGUGCAUACACCAACUCAAUCUUCUUGCCACCAACCCCAAUCUUCCAAUCACAAGUGUCUUGGGCAAGCAGCAUCCAAUUGAAGCACACCAUCUUAGCAGUAUUUGUGACAUUAUGGAGAAGGCCAUGGUUAAUGGAGAUACCUGUAUUAUACGCUGCAUUCUCGUUGUCUUUCAGGUGGUAUUUAAAUUUUUCUUCAGCCCACAAACUGAAAGGAAUCGAGACAUCAUUCGACGGUCGGGAUUGCUUCUUUGGCAGUUGUUGAUGGCACCAAAAGAUCAAAUUUGCCCUGAAAUUCAGAAGGAAGUCUGCCUUGCCAUCAGCUCUGGUUUAAAUAUCUUGUACCCAGGUGAAACUGAAAUCAAUAACUUACUUAAACUGGUCUUAACAGAAGGAGAGAGAAACAGUGGACUCUCCCAGCUACGGGAUGUGAUCCUAACCAACCUGGCUGAACAGCUCCAAAACAACCGAUUUGGCAGUGAUGAGGAUGAUCAUUACAGACUAAAUGAUGAACUUUUACACUACAUUCUGAAGAUUGUCGUACGAGAAUCCUGUAUCUUAAUCACCAAGUGCCAAACUGUCUCUAAAGAUGAUUUUCAAAAGCUCCUUUCAACUGUGCCUGCUGCAUCCUCCUGCCUGCGCUAUCUGAUGGCAGUUCAGAAUCACCUUCUCAGUAACACUAUUUUGAUUAAACCUGAUGAGAAUGAUGACAGUGACAGCUCCUUGCAGGGAGAGACAUUGAAGGUACAGGAGCUAAAAGUCAGUAUUUUGGCUCUUGCCACCCAAAUCCUGACUGGAUGUGAUGAAGUGUUGGAAAUGCUACAGCAGGUCACAACUGCCCUCAUAAAUAGUGACAUAGCAGACCGUGAGCAGAGGUUAAAAGGCUUGGAACAAGUUACUAAGGCUACUAUGCUUGGUCACCUUCUUCCAGUGUUACUGACCUCCCUGAUGCAUCCAAAUUUACAGACUCUGAUCAUGGCCGAUGCCCUGAUGCCUCAGCUAGUGCAGCUGGUACUCUAUACCAGCCAGACGGCUUUGCUGCUUAAAACCCAGUGUCCGGUUUUUGCUGAGGUGGGCUGUUCCCCAUGUGGUGCACAAGACCAGAAGUGCAGGCUGUUCCCUGAUGAGAGAAUGUUAGAAGAGAAGGAAGAGCCAGGAUUUCUCACUGGUUUAAAGAUUCCUGCCCCAUGGGCUGCUGGAAAGACUGUGGAAACAGUCCACCCUGUCAGAGACAACUAUAAAUUUAAAGAAACGGUCCAUAUCCCAGGAGCUCGCUGCCUGUACCUUAGAUUUGAUAGCAGAUGCUCUUCACAAUAUGACUAUGACAAAUCUAACAGUAUAUUUUCUGUUUUGAAGUUGGUGAUAUAUGCGGGGCCUAACACAAACAGUAGGAAGGUUGCUGAAUAUGGAGGCAACACACUGGGAUAUGGCAGCCGUAGUGUCUUAGGAACUGGUUGGCCGAAAGACUUGGUGAAGGUGGAAGGAGAUACAGUCACCUUCUCCUUUGAAAUGAGAAGUGGCCGUGAACACAACACUCCUGAUAAAGCCAUGUGGGGCUUUGCUUGCACAGUUCGCGCUCAGGAGUCUUCGGAGGAUGUCUCAGGAGGCUUGCCCUUUCUGGUAGACCUGGCUUUAGGUCUGUCUGUGUUAGCUUGUUCCAUGUUAAGAAUCCUGUACAAUGGACCAGAAAUUACCAAAGAAGAAGAAGCCUGUCAGGAGCUAUUGCGGUCCAAACUUUUACAAAGGUGCCAGUGGCAGGUGGAGGCCAAUGGUGUGAUCUCCCCUGCCCUUACUCCGAGCCCCUCUCCACUGCCUCUGACCAUAGAGGAAGACAGAGAAUUCACCUACCCCUCUGAUGUCCUCGUGCCUCCUGUUGGAAACUACUUUGAUCUGCCUCGGAUCAGACUGCCUCCAGGAAUCAUGAUAAAGCUCAGGGAAAUUUCUGGGCGUGCUAGACCUCAAUUUAGACCAAGUAUAAAAGAAGUGAUUCAGCCAGACGUGAUGGAGGAAAUGGUGGUAUCUUGUGUUAUUAAGCACUUGAACUUGGUUGAUGCACUGCAGUCUCUAAUAAAUUUCCAAUAUCAAGAGGAACAUGCUGAAGAAUAUGAUUUAUUAUGUAAAAUUAUGGGAGAGACCUUUAAGAAGCUCAAUGCCAUGGAGAGACAGCUGCAGAGUGUUGCAGAACUGGAACAAAAAUGGCAAAGUGAAGUUGAUGAUGCCAUGCAGGGGAAACUGGAGAACAACAUGCCUUUCUUUUAUGAUUACCAUUUUAAUGAGAACAAAAUGAAAGAACUAGAACUUUUAUGUUCAAUGAAGGAAGUCUCCUUUGAUGGGAAUGAUCUUGAAAACAUGGUCCUAUCACUGAGGGAGAAGUUCCUACAAGAAGUGAAUUCUCUUAUUCAGAAACCCUCACACCCACUGGCUAAAACAAAGACGUUAGUGAAGAGUUUAAUGAACCGAGCCGAGCUGUUGCUGCAUGUCACCAUCGCGGCCCAGUCGGGCCUCACGAGAAGCAUCUCUGGGACCCCUGCUGAAACACCAGCUUGUAAAUCAGCUUCUGAAACAAAAGUGAUAUCUCACGCUGUCAGGCAGCCUGUUUUUCUUCGCAGCAUGUCAGCUCCUUCUGACCUGGAAAUGAUUGGUAAUGAAGAUUUGGAAUUUACUAGAGCAAAUCAGAGGCGUCGCCACGUGACCAGCCACCGCAGCAGCUCCUUUACACUCCUGCAGUCGCUGGCCAUUGAGGACAGCAGGGACAAGCCCACCUACAGCGUCCUGCUAGGGCAGCUGUUUGCUUUCAUCGGCACCAACCCUGACCAAGCUGUGUCCAGUAGCAGUUUUCUUUUGGCUGCACAGACAAGGUGGCGGCGGGGAAACACUCGCAAGCAGGCACUGGUGCACAUGCGGGAAUUGCUGACAGCUGCCGUGCGAGUCGGGGGAGUGACGCAUCUUGUGGGUCCAGUGACAAUGGUCCUUCAGGGAGGACCCAGAAUUGAAGAACUCACAUGUGGUGGGAUGGUCGAGCAGGUCCAGGAAGCCUUUGGCGAGACCAUGACCUCUGUUGUGUCUUUGUGUGCUCGUUACCCUAUCGCUUGCGCAAAUAGCAUUGGACUCUUAUGUACCAUACCUUAUACCAGGAGCGAAGAGAAGUGCCUGGUACGCAGUGGCCUUGUGCAGCUCAUGGAUCGACUGUGUAGCUUGAGCAGUCAGACCGAGUCCAGCUCCAGUGAGAAACAGACCAAGAAGCAGAAGGUGGCCACCAUGGCCUGGGCUGCCUUCCAGGUGCUUGCCAACCGCUGUGUUGAGUGGGAAAAAGAGGAAGGUGGCUCCACAGAGGCUGUGCACUCAGGUCUGGCCCGGCAGGUGUCCAGCCUUCUCACUAACCAUCUUGCCCGAGCCACAGAGUGCUGUGGCAACCAGGCUGCUGGGAAUGACGCGCUCCAGGAUGUCCUCAGUCUUCUCAAUGAUCUCUCAAGGAGCCACAUAGGUAAAGCCAUCCUGAGCCAGCCAGCUUGUGUGUCCAAACUCCUUUCCCUGCUGCUUGACCAACGCCCGUCUCCGAAGCUGGUCCUUAUUAUUCUCCAGCUGUGCCGGGCAGCGCUGCCCCUGAUGAGCGUGGAAGACUGUGGAAAUGUGGAGCUCCCACCCUGGAGCUACUCUGUCCCCUCCUUAAACAGUGAGCAGGAGGAUCCCAGCGACCCAGCUUCCAAGAUCGCCUCCUUGCUCUUAGCAAAGCUGGCAGAUUAUGUGGUUCCAGGAUGUCAGACAGUUCUUUCUCCAACCGCUUCUGAACCUGACACCACAUUGACAAAAACCAGUCCCAAGAAUUCCUUGAAAGGAGAUAAAGAUCCUGGAGAAGAGAGUGAGGCUGUGGAUGGCAAGCUCUCGAUAUUUAUCCACAAGCGGGAAGACCAGUCAUCCCAUGAAGUCCUCCAGCCAUUGCUAAGUAGUUCAGAAGGACGGCCCUUCCGACUUGGUACUGGCGCCAACAUGGAGAAAGUUGUGAAGAUGGAUCGAGACAUGACCAAGGGUGGCUGUUGCGAAGUGAUUACAGAAGAGGCUGCAGCCGCCCUGCGGAAAGCCACCAAGUGGGCACAGUCGGGCCUCAUCGUCAGCAUUGGGCCACCUGUAGAGUCUGUCAACCCAGAGACUGUGAGUGGACUAUCCACAGGCGACAAAAAGAAAACCGCCCAAACUUCCAUUUGCCGAGAGAGGAACUCGGAGCUUGCGAGGACUGAUCCCGUGCGUCCCUUCAUCAGUGGGCACGUGGCAAACAGCAUGGCUGCAGAAGUGAUCGCCUUGCUACAUAGCUUGCUCAUGGCACCUGAAUCAAAUGCUGCUCAAAUAUGGACCACAACAGCAGAGAAGGUUCUGUCUCGAGCACUGAUGUACAUUCCACAAUUGGGGAAAUACGCAGAAAGCAUUCUGGAAAAUGGCAGCAGCAGUGGCAGGAAACUUGCCAAACUUCAGAGAAUUGCACGCCAGGCCGUUGCCGCACUAUGUGCACUUGGAGGCUUCAAAGAGACAAUCAAGAUAGGAUCCGAGGUUCAGGUUUUAGGUAGAGGAAUCUCAGGAAGCAUUGGAGUAGUGGCUUCUAUCAACGAACAGGAAGGUAUAGCUACAGUCAGAUUCCCACCCAUAGACUGUAGAAAGACUUCGCAAGCAUCAGACACAUUGACUAUUCCAUUGUCUAGACUUUGUGUUCCAAGAUCAGAGGCAUUGCCUCUUCAUAAACUGUCCAUUACUGAGAAGGUAGUACAGGCAGUCCAGUCCAUGUUGCUUCCUCAGGAGGGAAGUCUCUCUAUUCACACCUCACUUCCUGCAACAGGAGAUGGGUCAGCUCCUGUGAUGGCAGUCGUUCGGCUCCUUGCUGAAAUAAGGACAAGAGCAUGCCUGGUCAUGGCCCAGCUUUUAGAAGACAGCUUAUUUUGUGAAGAAUUCAUACAACAAUGUCCAGCAGCUGUUGAAGUUCUUAACCUAGUAGCCCAGGAAUGUAGUGCUGGAGAGCGACUUGCAGUUGUGGAGGUACAGUGUGAACGGCUGAGGAUGCUCUACCGGGACUGUGCUCGGCCCCCACCGCCUCCUUUGCAGGCUGACCGGAGACAGCCCAAAGAGAUUACUUGGAGCCCCUCGCGAGUGUUUCCACCUGUUCGAGCCUGCAUGUUCUCAUCUCACCUUACCUCAGUCACCUUCCUGGCUGACCCCAGCGCUGGGGGAGGCCUGCCCCGGGGCACUUUUAUCUAUGCCACUUCACCACUGCCAGUUCAGGCCCCGUCUUUUUACUGGGAAAUUGAAAUCGUUUCCUAUGGAGACACCGAUGAUGACACUGGGCCCAUAGUUUCCUUUGGCUUCACUACAGAAGCAGAGAAGCGAGAUGGGGCUUGGACUAAUCCAGUGGGCACUUGUCUUUUCCAUAACAACGGCCGAGCUGUGCACUACAAUGGCUCCAGUUUGCUACAGUGGAAGAGCGUUCGCUUAGACGUGACUCUCUCCCCCGGUGAUGUGGCAGGAAUUGGCUGGGAGAGAACCGAGGGGACUCCACCUCCUCCGGGACAGCCAGCCAAGGGCCGGGUGUACUUCACGUACUGCGGGCAGCGCCUCUCACCAUAUCUUGAAGACGUCUCUGGUGGCAUGUGGCCAGUGGUUCACAUUCAGAAAAAGAACACCAAAACCCGAGCUAACUUUGGCUCCCGGCCAUUUGCCUACGCGGAAGGGCAGGCCCACCGCAACGCUGCCGACCUGUGCACCGACCUGGCAGAAGAGAUCAGUGCUAACUUUGAGGCCCUGCCUUUCGCCAUGGCAUCUGACAGUGACAACGAUGCUGGCACCAGUAUUGCGUCAGACCCAGGCACUCAUGGGCCACCAUGCCGGAUUGCUGCCGUGGCCACCGCUCAGCAACAAUAUGAUAGUGACACCUCCUGUCAUUAUAAAGUCGAGCUCAGCUAUGAGAAUUUCAUCACCUCUGGCCCAGACCCUCACCCACCUCCCAUUGCAGAUGAUGAAUCCGAUGAUGAUGAUGAUGAUGACAUCCCGCAGGAGGACCACUACGCCCUGCUGGUGAAAGCAUGGGAGACCAAGGUUUUUCCUACCAUCCGAAGACGCUUCCGCAAUGAAGCAGAGCGGAAAUCGGGCCUGGACCAGAUAAAGGGGGCCUUGCAACUAGGUAUGGUGGAUAUUGCCCGACAGACGGUUGAAUUUCUCUAUGAAGAGAAUGGUGGCAUCCCAAGAGACCUUUAUCUUCCCACCAUUGAAGACAUUAAAGACGAAGCAAACAAGUUCACAAUUGAUAAAGUUCGAAAAGGUCUCACGGUAGUAACCCGCUCUCCAGACAGCAAUAAUGUAGCCAGCAGUGCUGUUGGAACUGCUCUGCCGAAGUUUGCCAUCCGAGGGAUGCUGAAGACCUUUGGGCUGCAUGGAGUCGUCUUAGAUGUUGAUUCAGUGAAUGAAUUGGUGCAGGUAGAAACGUACCUCCGCAGUGAAGGUGUGCUGGUGCGAUACUGGUAUCCUAUUGACAUGUUGGAAAGGCCCCCAGCAGGCUACCGAAGGACUGCCACCAAUGGGCUGGUCACACUGGACAAUACCAACCUUCAAAUUCACAGGGAGCUGCUGCGCUGCGAGGCUGCGCUGGCCAGGCUGUACUGCCGCAUGGCCCUGCUCAAUAUCUUCGCCCCCAAGUUGCCUCACUUGUUCACCCGCCUCUUCCACAUCCCUGCCAUCCGGGACAUUACCCUGGAGCACCUGCAGCUGCUGUCCAAUCAGCUCCUCGCACCUCCCCUCCCAGACGGCACCAUCAGCUCCAGCUCAAUCCUCCUGGCGCAGUCUUUACAGCAUUGCAUCCAUUCCCAGAACUGCUCCGCCACGGACCUCUUUUACCAGGGCAACUCCCAGACAGUGAGAGAGUGGCUCAACGUGGCCAUCACCCGGACCCUGCACCAGGGCGAGGAAAGCCUUUUAGAGCUGACGAAACAGAUCUGCUCUUUCCUGCAGACAGCACCAGAGCAGUUCCCCUCUGAAGAGUUCCCAAUUUCCGAAUCCAAAGUCAACAUGGACGUGAAUUUCCCCGGGGCAGCUUUUGUUGUCGUGUCUUGUAAAGAAAGUCAGUCUGGAUUCCGCAAAGACUCCUCUCUGUACAAGGCACCGUGGGCACGGGUGCUCGUAUACGGCCUCGGCCACAAAGUGAAGCGAAAUGGCCAGCUGAACCUCAUCGAGGCUGCCUGUUACCCGCGGGACGCAUCCCCGGCCAACACUGGGCUUGCACCUCCCCCCACCGCUGACCAGUACCCCUCUGUGGUCCUCUCCACAGACAGGGUCCACAUCAAACUGGGGGUGUCUCCACCUCCUGGAGCAGUCCUGGUGUUACAUUCCCUGCCCCUGGAGUUCCCACUGGCUAUGGCCUUCGCAGAGCAGCUGCUGUCCUGGAAAUCAGAGGACAGUGAAGGGAAGUCCGAAGAUGAGCCUGACACCAUUCCGACAUCCGUCCUCCUGCAGGUGGUGGAGCUGCUAGGAAACUUCUUGUGGACCACGGACAUGGCAGCCUGCGUGAAGGAGCUUGUUUUCCAUCUCCUGGCAGAGCUCCUGCGCACGGUGCACACCCUGGAGCAGAGGCGGCACCCCGCUGGCUUGUCCUCCUCAAUCGCCCUCCAGCUGAACCCCUGCCUGGCCAUGCUGAUGGCCUUGCAGUCGGAGCUCCACAAGCUGUACGACGAGGAGACGCAGAACUGGGUCUCAGGUGGCGCCUGCGCGGGCUCCGGGGGGGCGGCGGCCGGCGACCAGGGCAGGUUCUCUACGUAUUUUCAUGCACUCAUGGAAGGGUGCCUGGCGGUGGCCGAAGUGACCCUGCCUACUAACAUGAGUGUCACAGCCAGCGGGGUGACCUCAGCGACCGCCCCAAAUCUCAGUGACUCGUCCUCCUCCUCCUCGUCCUCCCCAGGACAGACCCCACAGAGUCCCAGCCUCCUCUCCAAGAGGAAAAAAGUCAAGAUGAAGCGGGAAAAGGCCUCCUCGUCGGGCAAGCGCCAGUCCUCCCGCACCGUGGACUCGGACCCCACCGUGCUCAGCAUCGGAGGCAGCAAGCCCGAGGACAUGCUGUGGUUCCACCGCGCACUCACCCUGCUCAUCAUCCUCCGCCACCUCACCAGGAAGGACCCACAGGGGCUGGGUGUGACGAGUGACGCCAUCGCCGAUGCCUGCCAGGCCCUGGUGGGCCCCACAGCCCACAGCCGCUUGCUGGUGAUCUCCGGGAUCCCCACCCACCUGGACGAGGGCGUAGUCAGAGGCGCCAUCCGCAAGGCCUGCAACGCCCACGGCGGGGUCUUCAAAGACGAGAUCUACAUCCCGCUGCAGGAAGAAGACACCAAGAAACCAAAAGACAAGGCCGAGGGCGGAGACGGGAAAGUUGAGCCGGAGAAGACGCUGGCCUUCCCCGGCACAGACAGCAUGGAGGUCAGCACGUCCAGCAGCCUGACCCCCGCCAUGAGCAUCAGCGCCUCCGCCUCCACCAGCCAGGCCUCCAUCUGCAGCUCCCAGGGUAUCUCCCAAACCGUCAGCGACCUCUCUGUGGAUCCGCUGCCUGCCGGCCUCGAGCUGCCCAUCCCUCCGGGCCUGUUGGAGCCCCACGCGGUGUCCAGCCAGGAGAGCCUGGACAUUUCCCUGUGCAGCACCGGCAGCCUGGGCAGCCUUGGCAGCCUGGGGGAGCCCCUGGACAAUGCAGAGACGGCCUCGGUGUCGGACAUGGGCUCCAUGUACACAGUUCCUUCCCUGGACAACCAGCCCCUCGCCGCCCGCCCCAUCAAAGGCUUCGCAGUCGUGGAGAUAAGAUCCCGAGCCAAAAUUGAGAAAAUUCGAGCAAGUUUAUUUAACAAUAAUGAUUUGAUUGGUUUGUCAAGUUUGGAUGGUGAAGAUGAAUUGAUGGAAAUGUCAACAGAAGAGAUUCUAACCGUGUCUGUAGUAAAUCAGAGUCUCUUUGAUACUCAAGGGAGCCCAGGGUUAGAAGAUUAUUUCAAUGAUAAGUCAAUUAAAGGGGAGAAGCUGGUGCCCGGGGCCAGAGAGGUUCUGACGGAGAUAUUUAAGAGCUGUGCCCAUUCAGAGCAGACGCUGAGCCUGACACCAGCGAAGCCCAUCAGAGUCUCUGACAUUUAUCUUAGCAAAGAGCAGAUCAACUCCCAGACCCCAGGCAACCUCCUCCACCUCUUCUUCACCAAUGUCCGGCCUCCAAAAAAGGUGCUAGAGGAUCAGCUCACCCAGAUCCUGAGGAAGUAUGGCGUGCCAAAGCCCAAGUUUGACAAGAGCAAGUACAGCAAGGCCGGGAAGGAGCAGCACCCGGUGAAGGUGGUGAGCACCAAGCGGCCCAUCACCAAGCCUCCCACCAAGGACAAGGCCGUGCUCAACAGCGUCAGCAGGACUGCCUUAAGUGAGAAGAAGCCGGCUGUGAAGCCAAAAUCACCAGAAAAGAGCAAACCAGAUGAAAAGGACCCAGAAAAGUCACCUACCAAAAAACAAGAAGUCCCUGAGGAAAAAUACCUGACGCUGGAAGGAUUUCACAAAUUUGUUAUUGACCGAGCCAAGCAAGACAUCCGCAGUGUCUGGAGGGCGAUCUUGUCCUGUGGUUACGAUCUUCAUUUUGAGAGGUGCGCCUGCAUCGAUGUCCGACACGCACAGAAGGCCUCAAGAAAGUGGACCCUGGAGAUGGACGUGGCACUCGUGCAGUACAUCAACCAGCUGUGCCGCCACCUUGCCAUCACACCCGCACGGCUCCAUCCCCAUGAGGUGUACCUGGACCCCGCGGAUGCUGCUGACCCCAGAGUGGCCUGUCUCCUGAACGUGCCCAUUGAGAGCCUGCGCCUGCGCUUCGCCUUGCUGCAGUCCCUCAACACCACACUGGAGACCUUCUUCCUGCCCCUGGUGGAGCUGCGCCAGACUCCCAUGUACACCCACAGCAUCGCCGCCCUGCUGAAGGAGGCCAAAGGGCUGAUCUUCUAUGACACGAAGGUGACUGUGAUGAAUCGAGUGCUGAAUGCCACUGUGCAGAGGACAGCGGACCACGCGGCGCCUGAGAUCACCUUGGACCCACUGGAAAUUGUGGGAGGGGAAAUCAGAGCUUCUGAAAACUCCUACUUCUGUCAGGCUGCCAGGCAGCUGGCCUCAGUGCCGUCGUCUCAGCUCUGCGUCAAGCUGGCCAGUGGCGGUGACCCCACAUAUGCCUUCAACAUCCGCUUCACUGGCGAGGAGGUCCAUGGCACCAGCGGCUCUUUCCGCCACUUCCUGUGGCAGGUGUGUAAGGAGCUGCAGAGUUCCUCGCUGUCGCUGCUGCUGCUGUGCCCCAGCUCAGCUGUCAAUAAGAACAAGGUCCCUGCCACACUGGAUCGGCAAGCUCUGGGAGCUUGCAGUGACUUCUCUCCUGCCUGCCACAGGGUGCAGUGGCUUGAAACACAUGUUCCCUGGCGGGCACAGAGGCCCACGCCCAGGUCACCUCAUGGCCACCUCCGCUUCCAGGGCAAGUAUAUCCUGACCCCGAGCCCCAUCACCUACGGGGAGGAGCAGCUGCUGCACUUCCUGGGGCAGCUGCUGGGGAUUGCUAUUCGGGCAGAUGUCCCGCUGCCCCUGGACCUCCUGCCCUCCUUCUGGAAGAUGCUGGUGGGCGAGCCCUUGGACCCUGAGCAAGACCUUCAGGAAGCGGACAUCCUCACCUACAAUUACGUCAAGAAGUUUGAGAGCAUCAAUGACGAGACCGAGCUGGAGGCCCUGUGCGCUGAGAUUGCCUCCCAGCACCUGGCCACCGAGAGCCCCGACAGCCCCAACAAGCCCUGCUGCAGGUUCACCUACCUGACUAUGACGGGCGAGGAGGUGGAGCUGUGCAGCCGGGGCCGGCACAUCCUUGUGGCGUGGGAGAACAAGGACAUCUACGCAGCAGCCAUCCGGAGCCUGCGGCUGCGGGAGCUACAGAAUGUGGAGUGCGUGACGGCCGUGCGGGCCGGCCUGGGCUCCAUCAUCCCCCUGCAGCUGCUGACCACGCUCAGCCCGCUGGAGAUGGAGCUGCGCACCUGCGGCCUUCCCUACAUCAACCUCGAGUUCCUCAAGGCCCACACCAUGUACCAGGUGGGGCUGAUGGAGACGGACCAGCACAUCGAGUUCUUCUGGGGGGCCCUGGAGAUGUUCACCCAGGAGGAGCUGUGCAAGUUCAUCAAGUUUGCCUGCAACCAGGAACGCAUCCCGUUCACCUGCCCCUGCAAAGAUGGGGGUCCCGACACCGCCCAUGUGCCCCCGUACCCCAUGAAGAUCGCCCCCCCAGAUGGCACAGCAGGUUCCCCAGACUCUCGCUACAUCCGCGUGGAGACCUGCAUGUUCAUGAUCAAGCUUCCCCAGUACUCCUCUCUGGAAAUCAUGCUGGAGAAACUUCGUUGUGCCAUUCACUACCGCGAAGACCCCCUCAGUGGCUGAUGGGAGGGAGCCCCAGAAUUAGGCUGUCACUGAGGCACCCACUCUGCCGGCUUGGGAAGCCACCACUGCAGCCCGUCCCUCCAGGGCCCUGUGUGAGGAGUUGGCAACAUUUUGCUUUUCCGAACUUUCAUCCACGUUCCAGGGCCUCCUGGAAGACUUAACCUUUUGUCUUUGUACGUUUCGUGAUGGGUUGGUUCUUUUGCUGCCUGUUUGUGGUCUAUUUGUAGGAUAGUUUAGUUCCCAGACAGUUUGUGUCUAAUUUGAUCUUCUUGGACAUUGUCCCUCAUGGCCACCAGAUUCUUAUGCCAUAAGGCCCCAGCUGGUUCCCCAUCACAGAACCACCCAGCAGGAAGCCGGGGGUACAAUGACCUUGGCCACACAGAGCGCCUGUGCUUUCAGCAGAGCACCUCCACAGACAAGCCUGUGGCCAGCCCUGCCCUCCAGCCUCGAGCUGGAGUUGCUCCAGAGGCAGCCCCAGCAGGCCUCCCUCCACCUAGAGGUGGCUGGGCCAAUUGCCCAAACACACGAGACACACAGGGAGCUUUAUGUGUUCAUCUUCCUGCUUUAGAACUUGCUCCUGGUCUUGGUUUUUCUGAGGAAAAGCCCACAGUGGUUCCCCUGCCCCUCCCAUACCUCCCUAUCGUGCCGUCUGUCUCUUUGGGCCCUGGUCUGACAGUUUUCAUCUGAGGCCUCCUCGGGAGCAGGAGACUUAAGGGUUCAUCCCAACCUUAGUUCACAGAGCCUAGCUGGGUGCAUCCCAGCUGCAGGCGGUGAGAAGACACCCAGAGAUGGGGGACAGUGCUCAGGUGGGGGUCUCCUCUGAGACUCUGGUUGAAGAGGAAAGCACAUGAUUCAAGCCUACCCCACAAAAAAGGAGCACAAAAUGCUCAGAAAUGGCCCUUCCUCCCUGCAGUGACGUAGGACAAGGGAAAGGGCCACAUCCCCGUUUUCAAAAGAGUGGACUGAGGUGCUCUGCUCAAUUUGGGGUCUGCUUUAGUGACCCAGACACUCAAGUCCAGAUGGAGACUCCAGGGGGGUCCUUCUGCCCCUCUGGCCAGCCCUGCCCAGCACUCCCCAUCACCCCAUGUAAGUGUGUGUGCCAGGGCUGAGCUGCCUCCAGGCUCACCCACUGCCCCAAAUCGGUCUUUGUCCAGUGGUACUCUGUUCAUGAGCAGCACAGGCCAUCUUGUUGGACACUGUCACUUUGGGCCUUGCCAGGUCUCACAGAAUCACAUCGCUGUAUUUAUUGUAUAAUAUUGUGAAUAUUGGAAGUUUCGAGUGAGUGCUAUCUAGAAGGUUUUGGAGUGUGGAUGCUGGUCCAAGAAAGAAGAUGUGCCCUGGCCUGCUGGAAAGAUUGUGAGUUCUAGAGAUAUUGCCGUUAGCAUCCAUCUCCUCCCCGUAACUAACUCUUAGGAAAUGCAUCAAGGACCAUUACAGAAAGGAUCCCCUGACCUAAGGAUGAAAUCGACCUUGGGUUAAUCAUGACAGCUGCAUCAGUUGUAUUUGAUGCAAGUCACCUCUGGAGGUGAGUGCCCGCAAGCAGUUCCCCUGCUUUGAAAGAAGAUGGUCAGCCCGCUGCCUCCCCAGCGGCCACAGCUCCUUUGAGUGUCGGGGGUCACAUCCAGGAUGUAUUCCUGACAACAAGGAUCCUUUUAUUUUCAUUUCUGCAUAAUGAAAAGAGCCUUUCGAUUUAUUAGAAGUGGUUUUUCCUCCCUAUAUCUAUCUUUAAAUUCUUGGUUCUCUUUAGCCCUCAUCCCUUGAAUGGACUUGUCAGCUACCUCCCCAGGAGGAGUUCAGAAGCUUCUGUUGGCCAUCACUUGAGUAGAUGACAGCUGUAAGGUAUCUGCUGCUAACAUGGCUGCUUCUCUGAGAGCACAUUGAGGUCCAGACAGAUCUAAACCUUGGCCCUAAAAAAUGUGUGCUGUAAAGUUACUUGAUGUAUAUUUAUUAUAAUUAUUUAUGGUUGCAUUUAACAAACUUUUCAUUCAAUCUGAUGCUAUUUACACCAUGCUGUGUAAAGGAAGCUCACUAAAGGAAAAAAGUCACACCAAUAAAUAACCUUCAUCUAAUUUUGAUUUACCUUAAGAGUUGUGUGAUCAUCUACUCUUGCUGAGCAAGUUCAAAGGCUGGCAUGCUUGGAUGGCUCUGAUAUUUAAGUGCUGCCAAGUGGCUAGGAAUUAAAGUGUUUCUAAUUAU